AUGAGUAACCCGGAAAAAGGUUACUUAACUUAUGUAUUUGUCAUCUACAAAGCCCAGCACAGAGAUACUUUCAUUGAAGAACGCUAUGGAAAGUAUAACAUUAGUGAUCCUUUAAUGGCUCUGCAGAGAGAUUUUGAAACACUGAAAGAGAAAAAUGAUGGUGAAAAGCAGCCGGUCUGCACAAACCCACUGUCUGUUCUCAAGGUGGUGAUGAAGCAGUGUAAGAACAUGCAGGAACGCAUGCUGUCCCAGCUGGCCGCUGCCGAGAGCAGGCACCGAAAGGUGAUACUAGACCUUGAGGAGGAAAGGCAGAGGCAUGCCCAGGACACAGCUGAAGGAGAUGAUGUCACCUAUAUGCUGGAGAAGGAGAGGGAGAGGCUGACUCAACAGUUGGAAUUUGAAAAGUCCCAAGUAAAGAAAUUUGAAAAAGAGCAAAAGAAGCUCUCUAGUCAGCUGGAAGAGGAGCGCUCCCGCCACAAGCAGCUCUCCUCCAUGCUGGUGCUGGAGUGCAAAAAGGCCACCAGCAAGGCGGCCGAGGAAGGGCAGAAGGCAGGGGAGCUGAGCCUGAAGCUGGAGAAGGAGAAGAGCCGAGUGAGUAAACUGGAGGAAGAGCUGGCAGCCGAGAGAAAGCGAGGCCUGCAGACCGAGGCCCAGGUAGAAAAGCAGCUGUCUGAGUUUGACAUCGAAAGGGAACAACUGAGAGCAAAACUGAACCGAGAAGAAAACCGGACGAAAACCCUGAAAGAAGAGAUGGAAAGUUUGAAGAAGGUAGUAAAGGACCUCGAGGCUUCCCACCAGCACAGGAGCACUGAUGACCAGCUGAGGAAACCAGUAGCCAUGUCCAGAGGCACGGCAACUGAGCCCCCCGUGCUGAUAUCUGUAUUGUGCCAAACGGAGAGUGUUCCAGCAGAAAGAAUCCAUGGAAGCAGCGUAGCCAAGGUGACAAGCACUGGGAUGCCCAGUCCCACCGCUCCUCCUUACUCUUAUGCAAAGACCAAUGGCCAUUGUGAUCCAGAGAUACAAACUGCCAGGGAGUUGCUUGCAGGCAGCAGUGCAGAGAAUCAAGUGCCUCCACAGGAGAAGUCUGUGGCACUGGCUCAAGAGAAACCAGUGGAGAAUGGGGGGUACCCAGUGGGAACUGAGACUGCCGUCCCAAUGCCUGGUCACCUCCCAUCCAGUGGGAGCUCACUGUCUCCCAGCAGCACUGCCUCCUCCUCUCUGACCUCCUCCCCUUGCUCUUCACCAGUACUAACUAAGCGCUUAUUGGGCUCAUCAGCUAGCAGUCCUGGGUACCAGUCAUCCUACCAGGUAGGGAUCAACCAGCGCUUCCAUGCCGCUCGGCACAAAUUUCAAUCCCAAGCAGAUCAGGACCAACAAGCCAGUGGUCUCCAGAGCCCUCCGUCCAGGGAUCUGUCCCCCACCCUCUUAGACAACUCGGCUGCCAAGCAGCUAGCCCGAAACACAGUCACUCAGGUGCUUUCCAGAUUCACUAGCCAAGGGCCAAUCAAGCCUGUCUCUCCCAACAGCUCUCCCUUUGGCACAGACUAUCGGAAUCUGGCCAACACUGCCAACCCAAGAGGUGACACCAGCCAUUUACCUGCUCCAGGGAAAGUGUCCAGUCCACUGAGCCCCCUCUCUCCAGGAAUCAAAUCCCCUACCAUCCCAAGAGCUGAGAGAGGAAACCCUCCACCUAUCCCACCGAAAAAACCUGGCCUCGCCCCUUCUGCAUCUGCUGCCGCUCCACUGACCAAAGCUCAUUCCCAGGCGUCCUCUCUGAGCACCACAGAAGAUCUUGCCAGCAGCUGCUCUGCCAAUGCCGUGGUAGCCAACGGCAAGGACGUUGAGAUACUUUUGCCUACCAGCAGCUAGUUUGUCUGAGUGAGUCUCCACAGGUGACAUUCCAUGAGAUUUUGUCCAAGAGCUCAGAAUGAGACCAUUGAGUCAGAUUAUGUUAUUUAUUUUGGCAGUAGUUGCAGCCAUCUGCAUCAUACAUUUAGUGUAUUUUACCUUUUUGUAUUUUUUUAAGUAGAAACUGAGUAGUUUGGAUUUGUAUGGCUUACAUCUUCGUACUGAAUCUAGAAGGACCGCUCAAAGGCAUCUCAAGCUCAGCAGUCACUGUCACAAGGAAGAAGCUCAGUGAGUUCCAGGUGGUGAUCUGCUGUCUAUUUUGGAACUAGAAUUGCUCAACAAUCAUUCGAAUAAUGCAGAAGUAUUUCAUGCAGAUUUUUAUUCCAGAUGAACAUGUUUUAAAAGUGCCUGAAAUAAGACAGCCACGUGAAUGUGAUUCUGCAGCAGAAACGCAACACGGAUCCUGUCAUCAUGGAAAACGAGAUCCUGUGUCAGUCCUGAAUGUCAAAAGCCAACACUGCUUUUAAUCCUCUUUUACUGUUCUUAAUACAUGCUUUGUGUUCUGCCUACAAGUGGACGGGAACCCCUCCUAUGGGGUAUGACCUCUCCAUAGAGCUGAGCUCUCCAGAGCCCGCGAGGAGCCCUCCCGAGCACUAAGCAGUCAGGGUGCUGAUUUCCUUGUACUUUUAAAAAAUUACAUCACUCCAGUUUCCUGCAGAAUGAAAUCACAUCUCCAUUCAAAAACGUUUUCAAGCAUCUACUGUUGUGAAAGGAACUUCUGAUUCUGAUUGCUUUUACUUGAAUAGGAAAUGGUUGCUCAUGCUGUGUGAGUUUGGCAACAGAAUGAACUCUGUAAUCAAAAAGCAAUAACUUCAGAUUGACUCUUUGUAAUAUUAUAAAUCAGAAUAAUACAAGUUUUAUUCAGUUGUUACAUUUAUUCUCCAAGCUGCCAGCACUUGUGGGUAUCUGUGGAACCAAAUUAACUUUUGCCUAAAUGGCACUAUACAUAUAUCUGUAUAGAUCCAUACCCCUUUAUGUGUUUAACAUCUACUUAAACACAUCAACUAUUAGUGUGAUUAUAUCUUUGGAGUUUGCAAUAUAGCACAAAGGACAAGUAGGAUUGCACAUUAAGAUUACCUUCCAAAGCUUUACCUGGAUGAGGCUGGGACCCAGCCAGUCAAAGGAGAACUCUUGUCCGUGGGGCAGUGGGAAAAUUCCAAAGGAAGCCCAAAUCUUCAGCAUCUUAAAAAGGCACAGCUCACUUAGCCCCAAGCCCAUCUGGUGAGAGUGAAACAGAUCACUCCCUCAGGUGGUGUCAGAGAACUUAGAGAGGUGGGCACUACGGCAAUCUGAAGCACUCAGUCCCUUUUAAAAGAGCCACCCUCUUCUGCUCCUGCUGCUUUCUGCUGUACAAAAAUUCUAGACCAGUCUACCAGCUCUUCAAGUUUUUAUGAUACCCAAAAUUUCAUGAGAAACAGUCUCAUUUUUAAAUGUCAAGGACUAACUUAGAGGCCAUGUGGUGGGGCCUGACUGUAAUCCCAGCACCCAGGAGGCGGAGGCAGGAAGAUCACUGUGGGUUCAAGACCAGCCUCAACUACAA